AUGGCCCCAAAUGGACAUUCUGAUGAUGCCGCGAGGGGCGAGCACGUGUUCUCGCCGUUGCAUCGACUCCAGGCCCAUCUCUCACGAGACCGGCGCUCCUCGUCUGCCCAGACUCAGCCCCACCCCGUCGAAUCCCCGCUGGACCGUGAUCUCUCGGUUCGGAGGGGAAGCGAGGGCUUCGAUAACGAGAGUGUGUACUCGUUUGACUCUGUUUCCACGAGUGGCAGGCUCCUUGACAGGCUUGACUUGGACUUGGAUGACUAUGCCGAGUCCGAGGGCAGUCUCCGCAGACGAGAAUCUGCGGCUCUGAUGCACAGUGCGGGCCGCUUCUGUGACCUCCCGUCAGACGAGCUGAAUCCUGGGCUGUCUGUUGACUUGAGGCAGAUUCCCAUCCGAGCCAACUCAGCUCUAGGCUUGGACAGGGUCCGCUCGCUCAAAAGGCAACCCCCGGCACGAACACUUUCACAAAACAACAGAUUACCCGUGCAAAGUGGGCCAGGAAACCUUGUUCAACCGAGGAAAAACAGCUCCUAUGACUCUUUGCUGGUGGACAUCGCUUCUCGCCAAAACUCUGUCUCGUCUUUAACAGACAUAGCUCCGCCCAAUGUGCAAAACAUGCUUUCCAAACUGGGAACUCUGCGCUCACAACAAAAACUCCCCACAUACUCUCCCAUUCUUGAGUCAACUUCUGAGUUUUCCUCGCCAGGCCGGGCUGCAUCCGCUGCGUUUCCACCAAUCACUCACUCAAGAUCCACUGAAUCGCAACCCCUGGUGUCUCUCUCUGGGGAAAGGAAGAUUUCUUUGUCGUCUGUGGACUCCAAUAGUUCGAGAGAAAGCUCUGACCCCAUUUUCAAUGCAACCUACAAAUUCGAUCCUUCCAUUGACGCCUCCACUAGAAACGCCCUUGUUAUCAGCGCCCAAGGAAAUCACCGCGAGGCCUCCUAUCAGUUGCAUACUCUUGCAAAUUCCCCCUAUAACUACCCAAAGGCUAUGUACCUAUAUGCAAAAGCAUUGAAAAUAGGACAGGGAGUCAAGAUCAACGAAGCCCACUGCAUUAAAUGGCUAUGUCGCUGUAUCUUGACAUCCUACAUUGCCGAGACUUCAGAUCCCAGCUCGUCUACAUUCACAAGCUAUGUGUCCAAAUUAGCGAACUUGCUGCCCGAAACGCUUCUUGACAUCGUGAAGAUAAAUCUCGCGGGUGAAAAUCAUGAUCCUUUUGAACUAAUGAAAAGCUUUCAAAAUCUCAGCCCCGCUGCCAUCAACAAAAUCCGCCAGCUAAAUUCUAGUGACAAAAAUGUUGUUGGUGGGGCAUACUUUUUGCUCGGAGAAUCCUUACUUAAGGGACAGGGUGUUGCGCAGAAAGACGAAACAACGGGGCGUUUCCUACUUGCGAAGUCUGCAUCUUUGGCUUAUGCCGAUGCUAUGGCGAAUUUGGGGGAGCUUUGGUGUGUGAAAACCAAACAAUACAAGAAGGACUAUCACAUGUCUUCUGCCUGGUUUCGGUUAGGUGUUUUUUUUGGCAAAGAAGAUAUCGGAAACAGUUGGAUCUACAAAAGCAAAUAUUUGGAACAAAAGAAAAAGUGA